CGCAGUGUUCACCAGCUCGCGCGCCCACAGCGUCGCGGAGGCCAGAGAAUGGCGGGCAUCGAGGUGUCCAGGCCGUCGAAGCGGCUGUCCCCGAAGCGCAGCGGCAGCUUCAAGCUGAGCCUUCCCGGGCUGUUCUGCGGCCCGUGCAAGGCGACGGCGGUGGCGUCGCCGCCGGACUCCCCCACGGGCGGCGGCGGGUCCGGCGCGCGGUCUCUGUCGUCGUCGUGCGCGUCGGCGUCGGCGUUGUCCUCGGGCACGUCCCGCGGGCGCGACCGCAUGGCGGAGCUCCGCGAGAUCUUCCGCCACUUCGACCGCGACAUGGACGGGCGCAUCUCGGGGCGGGAGCUGCGCGAGCUGUUCGCGUCCAUGGGCGACGGCGUGCUGGCCGCGCUCGGGCAGGGGCUGGGGCUGGACGGCGGCGAGGACCUGAUGCUGGGGUUCGACGACUUCGUGCGCAUCGUGGAGAGCAAGGGCGGCGAGGAGGAGGAGCGCGAGGACCUGCGCCGCGCCUUCGAGGCGUUCGAGGCCGUCAAGGGGUCCGGCCGGAUCACGCCCCGGGGGCUGCAGCGCGUGCUCAGCCAGCUGGGCGACGAGCCCUCCGCGGCCGAGUGCGAGGCCAUGAUCCGCGCCUACGACGACGACGGCGAUGGCGAGCUCGACUUCCACGACUUCCACCGCAUGAUGAGCCAGGACUAGGACUUCUUCUUCUUCUUUUUUUCCCUUCUCCUUCGCCUUUGCCUUAAUUUGAGUGCUGAUUCUCGUGUGUUACCUGUAAGAGGCCGUUCUUCAGUUUGUUCGUGUGGGUCGUCGUCUGCGUGUCCGCGAUGGGCGCGCGCGUACGCGGCGGGACUUUUGGGACGUGCCGCCUGUGUGUGCUUGGCUUGGACUUGAAGAGUAUGGUAGGUGUGUUAAGAGUUUUCUGGAUGCUGUCACGUGCUGCGUGCAUGCUGUUGUUGACGUCUCGGCCUCAGCUUUUGCCAGUGCUGCAGUGUUAGCCGUAGCAAAUUAGCGAUCGAGCUCGGCCGCCGGCGCCUCGUCCCAUAGCGUCCGUGCGUGGAGAUACAAGUAAGUGCAGCGGUGACAUGGGUCAGCAGUACGUAGACUCUGAGCAGUCAGCUAGCUUGUUCAUCUGUACCCGACUCCCUCUAAAAUUUGGAUCACUCCGUUUCAAUGAUUUUUUUCAGUCGACCC